UCCUGGUCUACCAGAUGAAUCCAAAGGCGAAUCGGGUGCAACAGUAAGUAGUUGCUUUUGGGAAUGGAAGCCCAAAUUCAAUGUGCAUUAUGAGAAAGCUGGAUGUGAGCUCCCCUCCAGUGUUGCUUCUGCCUGGUUUUGGGGUUGGUUCUUUUCACUAUGAGAAGCAACUGAAGGAUUUGGGGCUUGAUUUUAGAGUAUGGGCAAUUGAUUUCCUCGGGCAGGGUAGGUCAUUGCCAUUUCAAGACCCUGCCCCUCGUAAUGAGGAAGAAGGUGUGUCGGACACGAAAGAUUUGUUGUGGGGUUUUGGAGAGAAAUCUGAACCAUGGGCAAGCGAGCUCGUCUACUCUAUUGAUUUAUGGCAAGAUCAAGUUCGUUACUUCGUAGAAGAGGCAUUGCUUAUUGUUGUUGCAUUUUGUUUCUUCCGAGCUACACUGUUAUACGACACCUCCCUUGGGUUUUGCAAAGUGGUGCGAACAGUGAUCCUAGGAGUAUAGCGGAGGUACUUAAACAAGUUUAUGCAGAUCAUUCAACAAAUGUCGACAAAGUAUUUUCUCGUAUACUUGAGACAUCAGAGCAUCCAGCUGCUGCUGCAUCUUUUGCCUCAAUUAUGUUGGCGCCUCAAGGACAACUAUCAUUUAGGGAUGCUUUAUCCAGAUGUCACAUGAACAAUGUACCAAUUUGUCUUAUGUAUGGAAAAGAAGACCCCUGGGUGAAACCCUUAUGGGGCCUUCAGGUGAAGCAGCAGGUGCCUGAAGCUCCAUAUUAUGAGAUCAGUCCAGCUGGCCACUGUCCUCAUGAUGAAGUUCCUGAGGUAAGCACCCAUUCACUAAUUAGCACAGAACCCAUUGAAUAGUCGGUAUUGCAUGAAUAGUUAGCCUAACUAGUAG